AUGGGCAACCCCGAACACGGCACGGAACAGUACGACCGCAAGCUCGAGAACAACCGCGCGUACAAGGCCAGAGUCAAAAAAGACAAGGCCAAAGCGGCGAAGCACAAGCUCAAGAUGCGAUUCCAGAGGCCGCUGUUGAAGAAGAUCGCGGACCUGGAAGAGCAGGUUGAUUGGUGCCAGGGCGAGGCGGCGGACAACUGGGAGCUCGCCGAGAAGCGUGCGUGGUCCAACGAGCAGCUUCGGGAGCGAGUGCGGAAACUGACGAGGGAGCUGGCCGAGAGCAACACGGCCAAGGAGAACGCACAGGCGAAGGGAGCUGCAGACGCGAAGGCCCUCAAGGCCUGGAAGUCCUGGUUCGAGGCUUUCUCGCGCGUGUGCGACCAGGAGCUGCCGCCGAAGGCGCCCCCCUUGCGCAAGAGGGGCAAGGACAGGAUGGGCCAGCGCAGGAAGCAAGCGGAGAAGGUCGAGUACGCGCGCCACGGGAAGAAGACCGUGACAUCCCGCAAGGAGCGCGAAACCUGGUGCCGCAACUACGACAGCUUCCACGGGAAAACUGCGGACCAGAUGGUAGACCUGCUCCUCGAGGAUGGCGUCCUGCUUGACUGGGAAGGCCGCACCUGCACUCACUGCGGCGUCGGAACCUGCGGCGCGCGGGUGCAUGAUGACAAUCGCGGCCCGCAUUGGCGAUGCAACAGCGGUAGGCUGCGCGGCAAGACCGUCAACCCGUGCACCGCCCACCCCGUCUUCAAGUCUGGCGGGGGUUGCCAAUCGUCGAGUUUGUCGAAGAAGGCCAAGGUCCUCUUCUGCCUCACGCUCGGCAUGACCACCGCCCAGAUACACUUGCUGACAUGCGCCAGCCACAAGAUGAUCGAGGUGGAAAAGAACGAACCCAACAUUGUCUUCGGCGACGAAGCUCAGCGGCGCUGGUUCGACGCGGAGGCGGAUGAGUCGGUCUUCCGCGCCCAGCUGUCCGACAACGGUCGUUCCAAGACGCGGGAACAGUGGGCGGGCGUCGUCGAGCGCGGGCGCCCUGAUAGCCUCGUUCAGUGGAAGACCCAGUCAGACGGCACCGAGGCCAACGCGCCAGGCCCAGGCGCCAUCAAGAAGACGGAUUGGGAGCCGUUCCUAAAAAGCCGCUUAGAGAAAAGGAAGGUCAUCUUGCACUCUGACGGGGCCCGCAGCUACAAGAUGCGCGCGUCGGGGCUCGUGCGCGACCACGUCGUGCACUGCAAGAAGCGGAAGAAGAUCGGCAGGAAGUGGGUUUGGUUGGAGCCAGUCUACUCGAAGGUUGUCACCCACAAGUUGCCCGACGGCUCCAAGAUCGGGGUAGAGGCAGGGACGCAGAUCAUCGACCGCGCCUGGAGGUCCAUCAAAGCCCUCAUUGGCACGCGCACGGACCUCCCAGGCAGCAGGCGUCUCGCGGCUUCGGUUCGCUCGGCCCAGUUCGAGCGCUGGAACAAGGGCAAGGAUCUGUGGGCGGCCACCGCGGAUGCCAUCUGGGAGGUCAUGGACGCGGUGCAGUCGCUGGGGCAGGUUGCGUACGAUGCCGAGGGAGACGGCAAGCUCACCUUUGAGGAGGCGUCGUUGAUGGUCAGCGGUAGCAAGUUAGACUACCACCCCUCGAAGUGCGUCAAGAAAGACAGGUUGGCUUUCGCUGGUGACCAUUCUAUCUUCGACCUUCCUCUGCUACCGAUCGCGAAUUCGAGUACCGCGAAGUUGGUCGCUUCCGCCGACAUGGCAUCCCACUACGAGGGCCCGAUUGACUUCGACAAGGUACACAAGUUGUGCGCACAGGGUAGGUUCAAGGACUUGCAGGAGCCGCUGUCGCUCAAGCAGGAGCCCGCCGUCCCGCACGCGAUGCAGAUCUUCAUCGUUCGCCAGAAGCCAGAGGACAGCGUGUGUUCGGCAUACCGCAUCCUCAAGGUUGUUUCUUUCGAUAAAAACAGAGUCGAUUCUGCGACCAUCCUCAAGUGUGCUCGCGGAGAGGCCCACAAAAUCGACUACGGCAAAAACUUUCGGGCGGGGUCGAUUGCGUUCCAGUUCAUGCCGGAGAAGCUCGAGGGAGUAAGGCACGCGCAGGGUUACACGUUCAUCCGUGAACACGGCCCCCGCAGCAAUAACAACAGGGAGGGUUCGAAGAUAUUCGGAUGGCCUGCGCCCAAGGUGGAGACUGCGCUGCGCAAUUACCAGAAGGGCAGGACGAAUGCCAAACCGAUCUCGCGCUGGAGUUUGACGCUGAAGGACUUCUCCGGCUGGUUCCUCAAUGGCGCCCUCCGCCUGAUGAUUGGCACGCUCCACAUGCACGGGGCGCUGUGGGUCGGGAAGUCCAGAGUUGGCAAGAGCAACGGCUCGAAGACGCUUGCUUGGGUUCAUUCGGCGUGCAGCAUACAGAAGAAGGGCACCGCCGAUGAGAUCGCUUUCCUGACGGUGAAGCAUAUGGAUUUCUUCAAGGGCGAGCCGACGACGGAGAUCCUCCCUGGCAUUUUCGACGACGGCCUGCUUCAGAAGGUUCGGUGGCCUGGCGUGGCCCACGCCAUUGCCGCCCGCGGCUUCCAGGGAGCACCCGCUGAUGUGCUCAAGGCUUUCUUGAACCCCAAGGAAGAGGACGCUCUGCUGUGGGCUCGGUGGGGCGGCUGCGCUUUCGAGCAAGGGUCGCGCAGACAGGCCGUCGCGAACCCCUACGACCGCGACGCGGAGAAGGCGGCGCUGGAUGCCGCGACGCUAAACAAGUACGGCCUCGACCUGCUCAAGCGUAUCAUCGCGCCGUCUCUGGAAGAUGUCAGGACAGAGGAUGACUUCAACGUCAUCCUCGCCAGGGCGCACGUCAUCGCGGUGACGGACCUCGGCGUGCAUUGGCGCGUGGCAUCCGCCAACCUGCAGGAUGGUGCAGAGUUCAUGCCGUGGCCCAACCCCAGGAGCCCCGACCUCUUCGUCAGCGAAGUGCGGGACACGACGUCGCCAGCCAUCCGCCCGCUCCCCUCAGACUACGCCGAAAAGAAGGCUUGGUCGAUUGUGUACAUGAGCGAUGUGGUCGCGGGCCUUGACGUGCCCACUAUUGCGACUGUCCAUGUUGCUCCUAUCUUCGGCGAUGGCCCUGCGCGCGUUGUCUCCGCUGUCGGCAACGUUUCAGGGUUCGUUCCAGGCGCGGCCAGCGCUCCGCCAGCCGCCGCGGCCGCUUCGGCGUUUUCCCAGCCGCCAGCCGAGUUGUCCCAGGAGGAGGACGUGUUCGGCUUCGGCGGCGGAAUGGACGAACCGCCAGAAGACAGCUCGCGCGCCGCCAGCUCCGCGCAGCCCAACAUCGUUGGGCGUUGCGGCGAGCUCACCAAGGAGGACCAGGGCGAGCAGCUCGCGAUUUUCAAGAGCCUCGCCAAGGCAAGCCACGGUGCGUUCGAGGACUUGUCCUCGCCUCCGCCAGUGAAGAGGGCGGCUCAUGAUGGGCUGCGGUGGUCCGUUGUCACCCGUGGAUGCCGAUGA